GAGACCGCUGUCUAGCUUACUAUUAGCUAAUGUAGUUAAAACAUUGAAAAUGGAAAACGUUUGCCUUAAAAGUUUAAUCUUAAAGUUGCAUGAUGUUCAGGCCGUGAAAUUCGGAACGUUCAGGCUGAAGAGUGGAAUAACCUCGCCGAUUUAUUUUGAUUUCAGAGUUAUUGUUUCUUACCCAUCUCUCAUGAACCAGGUUGGUAAACACGUGUUUUCCAUGAGUAUUGGAAACAACAGCAAUGUCAGCGUUUCCCAAACUCGGUCAUGGGGACCCCAAUGGGGUUCAAUUUUGGUUUUUGCCCUAGCACUAUACAGCUGAUUGAAAUUAUCAAAGCUUGAUUGCUGUUUGGGAAACGCUGAGCUAUGUCUGUUCGGAGGCAAUCAAAUCAAGACCAACAAUAAGUAGUUAAAUGUAUGUUAUGACCUCAUUAGUUGGAGUUUGUUGGCUUAGUGUUUUGAUGGGUUUGUUUGCCUUUAGGUGUCAAGUCUUCUUUAUCAACGCGCCAAAGAUGAGGACUUAAAAUACAGCUCUGUGUGUGGUGUCCCAUACACCGCUCUGCCCCUGGCUACAAUCAUCUGCUCCAAACACGAGCUGCCCAUGCUCAUCCGAAGAAAAGAAGCCAAAGACUAUGGUGCGAUUUCAUAAUUGGUCAAAUUUGAUUGUUCUCUUUAUGCAUCCCGUCAGUUCAGUCUACAUUUGUAGCUAGAAAGUGUUAGAGGAUUUCAUCAGUCUAAAUAGAUUUCAGAUCUCUCAUAUCAGACAUCAUGGCCACAAUAUACAUUUACAUUUGAGUCAUUUAGCAGAUGCUCUUAUCCAGAGUGACUUACAUGAGCAAUUAGGGUUAAGUGCCUUGCUUAAGGGCACAUCGACAGAUUUUUCACCUAGUCGGCUCAGGGAUUAGAACCAGUGACCUUUCGGUUACUGGCACAACGCUCUUACCCACUAAGCUACCUGCCGCCCCAAUAUGUUCCAUCUCUUUCAUCCUAGGAACUAAGAAGAUUAUAGAAGGGACAAUUCACCCUGGAGACACGUGUCUGAUCAUCGAGGAUGUAGUGACCAGCGGCAGCAGCGUCAUAGAGACGGCCCUGGUGCUCCAGGCGGAGGGUUUAAAGGUGACAGACGCCAUCGUGUUGAUGGACAGGGAGCAGGGAGGUGGGGCCAUGCUGGCCAAGAGGGGCAUCACGCUUCACUCCGUCAUCUCCAUCUCCAAACUCCUCAACACCCUGCUUCAGGCGGAUCGCAUUGACUCUUCCACUGCCCAGAGCGUGUGCAGGUUCAUCCAGGAGAACAACACCUACAAGCCCUCUGGUGAGGAGGAGAAGAACGGCUCACCUGCAGCCAAAAAGCCCUGCAAGCCAGCGGAGCUGAGCUAUGGAGACAGGGCCAAGCUCCAGAAUACACACCCUCUGGCCGCCCAGCUCCUCAGACUGAUGGAAGAAAAGAAGACCAACCUGUGUGUGUCAGCAGACAUGACGGCCUGCGAGGAGCUACUGCAGCUGGCUGACUCUCUGGGGCCUCAGAUGUGUGUGUUGAAGACCCACGUGGACAUCCUUCAGGACUUCAGCCCAGCCUUCACCCAGUCCCUCAGGGACCUGGGCCUCAAACACAACUUCCUCAUCUUUGAGGACCGCAAGUUCGCCGACAUCGGAAACACGGUCAAGCACCAGUAUGAAGGUGAUUAGUAGGCGCACUCGUUUUGCAUCGCCGUGCGCCCAGGGUGGGUGGCGAUUUCACUUUAACACCAAUGUAAUGGUUUCAAAUGUGCAAACCUCUGCCCACCCGGUGCACCAGGCUAUGCAAAACCAACGCGCCCAGUGUUAAAAUAGAUGAUCCUAAUCCAUCCUAAUGAAUACCUGGUUGCUAUUAUUUCUAGGUCUCCUGACUGUCGUGUGUUUUCCUCUGUAUUUCUCAGGUGGGCUCUACCAGAUCUCCUCGUGGUCUCACAUCAUUAAUGCCCAUGCGGUGCCAGGCCCUGGGGUGGUGAAGGGGCUCAGUGCGGUGGGCCGUCCGCUGGACCGUGGCUGUCUCCUCAUAGGUCAGAUGAGCUCCCAGGGUUCCCUAGCAACAGGGGACUACACGCAGGCUGUGGUAAGCAAAGCGCUCCAGCAAGCUGUUCCUCAGUGAGAAUGCCAUGAGAACAGAAUGUUCUGUCCCUCUCUCUAACCUCCCACAGCCCUCUGCAAUGUGUUACAUUCAGGACACACUAUCAUCUUGCAUGGCGACAGUGAAAGCCUGAUUACAUUCUAGUAUGUUUUAAUAAGGAUGAAUAAGGAUGUUUGCGUAGUGUCAUUUUCCAGUCCAAAAUGGAUUAAUUAUUCCAUCACCAUCGGACAGCUUAACUGAAGUAAUAGUUGGAUACCUUAAUGUAAUCCUUAAUCUUUCAUCCUUGAGGAUUUCAAAUGAUUUUUUCUGUCAUUCCAUAGGUGAAAAUGGCUGAGGAGUACUCUGAAUUUGUUUUUGGGUUCAUCUCUGGCUCCAAGAUCAGCAGCAAGCCUGAGUUUGUACACAUGACUCCAGGGGUGCAGAUGCAGUCAGGAGGUACCACACUCUAUACCUGUUAACUUCAUCCAUCCUGUCCAGUGUUCUGUCAUUCUCAGCCAAUGUUUGUCCUGUUGUAAUUGCUCAUUGCCACAAGAUGGUGCUAGUGUCCAAUAAAUGAAGACUGGGUCACUUAUCUUGGUUGCGUCUGUAUUGGCUCCCUAUCUACAUAGUGCACUGGUAAAAAGUAGUGCACUAUGUUGAAAAUAAGGUGCCAUUUUGAAGGCAGCCCUUGUUUUCAGAGUUUUCUUUACCUCUUCAGUAACAAACUGUAGGGUACCACACUGUUCAUUUAUCAUAAUCUCCAUCCUUUCUGUUUCAGGAGAUGGUCUGGGCCAGCAGUACUCCAGUCCUGAUGAUGUGAUAUGUAAAAAAGGCUCUGACAUCAUCAUCGUAGGCCGUGGUAUCCUGGGGGCCUCUGAUAGGGUGAAGGCUGCUGCAGAGUACAGAGAGGCAGGCUGGAACGCCUACACCAAGAGACUCAACACGUCAAGCCAAUGAGACGUCAAAGAUUGGGGCUGCAUCCUAAUUGGCACCUUAUUCUAUAUAUUGUGCACUACUUUUGACCA